UGAAUUUGACGGACGUAUGUGAAAAUAUAUUUAUAUGCACAUUUGUUUUGUGUCAGUCUUGAUAAACGGGGUGGACUGCAGUCAGAACUGUGCUUGCUGUAAGGGAGGAAUAGCACGAUGUGGAUAUAAUCGUAGUAUACCAGUAGAUGAAUAUUGUUUUGAUGGCUGCGUUGAUGGGAUUUAUGGCUGGAGAUGUUACAAUCCCUGUCACGGAAACUGUUAUACGUGUGAACAAAUAAAUGGCAGACAAUGUUACAGCUGCAAAGACACAUUGUAUGAUGUAAACAGUCUGUGUAGCAAAAGCUGUUCAGUUGGGUGUGAAGGAGGAGCUUGUAAUGUUGAUGGAACAUGUAGUACAUGUACAGCAAAUUUCGAAGGACCUAAAUGCGAGACGUGUUCACAAGGGAAAUACGGGUCAGAAUGUACACUAAACUGCCAUAACCAAAAUUGCCGGUGCUCCAUUGGAACCGAUUGUAUGUCGUGUGAAGCUGGGUUCUAUGGCAGAAAUACAUUUUGUCAAACGCCUUGUUCACAGGGGUGUCAGGAUAGUGUUUGUAAUGACGACGGUAGUUGCAACUGUCGAGGUAGGUUUUCGGGAUUAACAUGCAGGGAAUGUCAGUCUGGAUAUUUUGGAAAAGACUGCAAUUUAUCUUGUUCCUUGGGAUGUGUAAAUGGACUGUGUUUAAAAGAUGGCACUUGUACAUGUCGUCCAAACUUUGUUACCGUAAACUGUGAUACAUGUGCGGAUGGACGAUACGGUGUAAACUGUGAUCAAGUCUGUAGCGUAGGAUGUACAACAUCACCCUGUAACAAAAGCGACUGUCUACACGGCUGUAUCACCGGCCUUGAAGAAAGACGAAUAUACAUUGGUUCUUCCACAAUAAGUGCUCUGGCAGUUUUAUCGGGAGUUUUGGGAAUUUCGCUUAUUUGUACAGCUACUGGAUGCUACUUGUGGAACAGACGAAUGUCUAAAUCAAUAAGUACUUAG